CGACCCGCCCCUUUUCCACAAAACACAGUGGCUAAGGUAUUUAGCAGCUCUAUGGUCGUUUUAUAAUAAACAGCUCCUGGGUGUAUAUAAUAUAUCAGCGCCUGAAGCCGGAGAAAAGGACAUGGGUAACAGAGAUAACGCAUGAGAGAAUGAUCCAGACUGUUCCAGGGCACUCUUUCAGCUGUCUAAUUUGAGGGGCGAAUCACUAAAGCAUGGAGGCUUCCACCAUUUUGCCUGUACUGAAGAAGAAAUUGGCGUUUUUGUCAGGAGGUAAAGAUCGGCGCAGUGGCCUGAUCCUAACCAUCCCGCUAUGCACGGAGCAGACAAGCAUGGAGGAGCUCAGCUCCACACUGGACUACCUGCUCGGCAUCCCCAGUGAGAAGUGUAAAGCACGUGGUUUCACAGUCAUCGUGGAUGGCCGGAGAUCUCAGUGGAAUGUAGUGAAGACGGUCGUUUUGAUGCUCCAGAAUGUGAUCCCAGCUGAGGUGUCUUUAGUGUGUGUGGUGAAGCCUGAUGAAUUCUGGGACAAGAAGGUGACCCAUUUUUGCUUCUGGAAGGAGAAGGACAGGCUCGGCUUUGAGGUGAUCCUGGUGUCCGCUAACAAGCUCACACGCUACAUCGAGCCUUGCCAGCUGACAGAUGAGUUUGGAGGGAGUUUGCAGUACGACCACAUGGACUGGCUCAACAAGAGGCUGGUGUUUGAAAAAUUCACCAAGGAGUCCACGUCUCUGCUGGACGAGCUCGCCACCAUAAAUGAAAACGAAAAGACCAGUCAGCCGGAUAAGUCCAGACCUUCGGAGUGUAAUGUCCUGCCAUCUUUCGAUCCAGAAACUGUCCUGCAAACUGGUCAUGAGUUGCUGUCAGAGCUGCAGCAGAGGAGGUUUAAUGGCUCAGAGGGCGGCGGCGGAGGCGGCGGCGGUGGAGGAACAACAGCCUGGUCUCCUAUGGACGAUGAGCUCCUGGCUCAGCCGCAAGUCAUGAAGCUGCUCGACUCUCUGCGCGAGCAGUACACAAAGUACCAGGAAGUGUGUCGCCAACGCAGCCGCCGCUCACAGCUCGACCAGAUCCACACCAAGGUCAUGCAGGUGGUGAACUGGCUGGAGGGUCCUGGCACGGAGCAGCUCCGCACUCAGUGGGGGAUUGGGGACUCGAUCCGGGCGUCACAGGCCCUACAGCUGAAACACGAGGAGAUCGAGAGCCAGCACAGUGAGUGGUUUGCUGUGUAUGUGGAGCUGAAUCAACAGAUGGCGGCGCUGUUGAGCGCAGGAGACGAGGAGGACCUGCUGGAGCUAAAGAAUCUGCAGCAGCAGCUGAGUGACGUGUGCUACAGACAGGCCAGCCAGCUGGAGUUCAGACAGAACGUCCUGCACUCAGCCCAUGAGUUCCACAGCACGGCACAGGAUCUCUCUCAGCAGCUGGACGGUCUGCUGGGGAUGCUCUGUGCAGACGUCGCCCCUGCCGAUGGAGCUGCCAUUCAGCAAACGCUCAAACAUCUGGAGGAGAAACUGAAAAGUGUUGAGGGAGCUCUGCAGGGCCUGCGGGAGAAGGGUCAGGUGCUGCUGGACCAGAUUUCUAACCAGACAUCCUGGUUCUAUGGGAAAGACAUGCAGAUUGAGAACAAGGAGAACGUUGACCACAUCCACAGUGUCAUGGAGGACAUGCAGCUGCGCAAGCAGAGGUGCGAGGACAUGGUGGACGUGAGGCGGCUGAAGAUGCUGCAGAUGGUCCAGCUUUUCAAAUGUGAAGAGGAUGCUUCACAAGCUGUAGAGUGGCUCACUGAACUGCUGGACGCCCUGCUGAAGACCCACAUCAGGCUGGGAGACGACGCACAGGAAACCAAAGUCCUUCUGGAAAAACACAGGAAGUUUGUGGAUGUUGCACAGAGUACGUACGAUUACGGCAGACAGCUGCUGCAGGCCACCGUGGUGCUGUGCCAGUCUCUGCGCUGUGCCACACGCUCCUCAGGCGACACACUACCCCGACUGAACCGCGUCUGGAAGCAGUUCACCAUCACCGCAGACGAGCGCCAGCACCGCCUGGAGACAGCCAGAGACUUUCAUUCCGCUGCUGAGAGGGUUCUGAGGGACGGCCCGGACCAGGCCGAGUUAUUGGACGUGGAGGCAUUCGAAGAGGUCGAUGCGCUGGGGAAGGCUCUGCUGGACCGUCUGACUGUGCCCGUUAUCUUUCCUGAUGGGAGCGAGCAGUUUUUCGGCAGUCCCAGCGACAUGGCCUCCUCAGCCGAGGUCAUUCGCGACAAGAUGAAGUUCGCGGAGGACAAAAGGCUGCUGCAAGAAGAAUCAGCAAGAGACCUCGAGGAGGAAACUGCUCCAGAGGAAGAGCCUGAGGAGAGUUAAUGUGUUAUCUAUCCACCUCGAAAAGCCACUACGUUCUAAUAUGCCUUUCCAAGCCAUGUUACUCUCCCAGGAUCAGUUAAAUGUAGUAUACAUGUAGACUCACAUGUCACAUUGCUUACAUCUAUAUAUGGCAAAAAAAAAAAAAAACAAAGCUUUAAUGACCCGCCUUCUCCGGAGAGGCGACCCGAGCUUGUAUUGGUGCUACUAAAGUCUAUAGAAUGUACAGAAAUUACCAUCCCUCUGCUCCGUGCAUCUACACUGUGCCGUAGAUGUUUAAGAAGCAAGCAAUGUAUGUAUUUUUAAUUCUUAGCUGCUUUCAGUAUCCAAAAUAUCAAUGGUUUUAUGUUACCCUUCGAGGCCAACAUGAUAAAGGUGUUUGAUUUAGGCAUAUCCUGCCUAAGGUACAGUUUCUUAAUCGGAUAGCUGGAGGGAGUAAGAAGCUGGGUGUGUGUUUUUGUAAGAUGUACAGUUAUGUGAGGAGGAAAAAAAAACAUGCCUUUAAUCACAAACUUUGCGGACAUUGUACAGCAUUUUGCUUUCUUCAUUAAAAAGAACAAAAAAAGACAGGGCUUUCUCAAGAUACAUAAAAAUAAAUAAAUAAAUAAAUAAAUAAAAUACGGCAGGUUGGAAAAAAACUAUUCCAUGAAUAAAAUGUGAAACCAAAAUAAUGUUUCAUCUCAUACUUGUCUAAUGUGCUGCUUGCGUAUUGAGGCUUAUCAUAAAGUCCAUAUUUAUUGUUUUUUUUAAACUUCCCAUUUAAAACUGUAUAAUGCUUUUGGCUUUUUUUUUUUUAAGUUUUGUUUUUUAAUUACGACUAGGAAUUUUAUGAAAAUCUGGGUCAUAUGAAAAUAAAAGGCAGAAAAAUAUUUUGGGAUUUGGGAGUGUCUUGUAAGGCGUCUUUUUCACAUCUCAAUUUUUUCCCCCUGCAUUUUGCCAUCAUGCUCUCUUUCGGUGGCUGUACAGAAAGUUUUUAAGCACCUCAAAAUAAACGUCUUAU